AUGCAAGCAUCCAUGGAUGUAAAUUGUUUCUUUGCUGAUCAACGCUGUCGAAUUGUUGAAGAGGACGAUGUUGCGAUCUCUGUUAACAGUAAUUCGGAUAAAAUUUCGAAUACUACCAGCGACCCUAUUGUUGUAAAAGAUUUAGAUCCUAUUGCUACUAACAAUGAAAAUUCCAAUAUUGUCAAUAAUCUCGUGCAAGUUUCAAGCUUUACUACUAGUAACAAUACUAGAAACGAUAAUUCUAAUUCUAAGCUAGAUUCAUGUUCUAGUAAUUAUAGUUCUAAUUCUGAGCAAGAUUCAAAUUCUACUAUUGGUAACAAUAGUUCCAAUGAUAGUCCCAAUUCUACCGAAAAUGAUUUUUCUAAGCAAAACUCAAAGUCUGUUAGUGACGAUGAUAAUCCUAAUUCAGACCAAAAUCCAACUGCCAAUGGCAAUUCUAAAGAUAGUUCAGAUCUAAAUUCUACUCCUGGUAAUGAUGCUUCUAAGCAAAAUUCAAGGUCUACUAUUGUCAACAAUAAUAAUUUCAACGAUAUACAAGGUUCAAAUUCUAUUAGUAAUGAUAGUUCUAAUACUAACAUUGAUGAUUUUAAUACCAAACGAGAUUCAAGUUCUACUAAACACGAAUUAGUUCCUAUUACUGCCUAUAGUAAUUCCAAUGACAUCCAAAAUCCAAAGGCUACUAAUGGCAACGAUUCUG